UUAUGUCUUGCUCGGCACGCACUCUUUCCGUACACAAGGAUCACUUGAAUCUGUUGGCCACUUGAAAUUCGUCAACUGGAAGAUCGCCUCCGUUGCUACACAGGUCUUCGAGUUCCUGUGCGACUCCUGAUUUAUGUUAGAAGAUCCAGCACCACCCAAUCAACGUUCUCCCAUGGGUGUCACCACCUCUCCCUCGUCAAAGGAAGACAAUCUCGCGUAUAUAUCCCUCAACCCCAAUGCACAGCCGACUGUGGUACUUAUUCAUGGAGCUUUCGCUGCUGGAAGCGACUGGGAUUUGGUAACGCCAUUCUUGACCGACUAUCACUUGCUGAUUCCUGAUAUGCCCGGGCAUGGAAACUCGCGCGCCGUAACGCCUUUUUCGGUCGACAAUGCUUCACGUCUCUUACGGAAGCUGAUCGUGGAACAUGCCCAUGAUGCUCACGCUUAUAUUGUAGGCCAUAGCCUGGGUGCUCACAUAGCGGUCCAUCUAGCAUCGCACUACCCACAGGUUGUCUCUCGAGUCUUGCUUUCGGGCUUCGAGGUCUUUCCUACCACACGACUAUCACCCUACGUUCCCCAUUUGACCUGGGCGAUGAGACGCAUCGAAAACAGCGUACCUCGACCACUGGUUCGCUGGUUGAUGGACGGCACCGACAUCAGACGUUCCGAUAAUACAUUCUGUACUCUCGACCUCUGCCGCCAAAUUUGUCAGCCUAUGCUUGCCUCGGAUGGCUGGCCAGACCCAUGGCCUCAACCCACUCUUGUCAUUGCCGCCGGGAAAGCUGGUCUUCUUCCGACAAGUGAUCACCCACACGAUGCUCGGAAGCUGGCCGGCAUCGGCAAUCGAGGAAACAAUAACACGCGUGCCGUGAUGCAUCCUCAGAUGAGACAUCCUUGGAACCGUCAAGCACCAAAACUCUUUGCAGACACUGUGCAGAAAUGGUUUAGAGACGAGCCAUUACCUGCUGGCUUUAUAGAUCUUUGACCAGUUCUUCAACUCAAAAACCGAGCUUCUAUUGGCAACGAUUACUAUGUAAUGGUAUAGGUCUGCUAACUGAAGGGGUGAUUUGAUUAUUGUAUCUUCGCGGAAAUACAUCUCUUACCCAUCGUCCCAACAGCUAGCUCUUGUCAUCAACCUGGUACUGGCCCUCCUUUGUGUCAAGUAGCAACGGUGUUACUGCAUACUCCCCCACGGCACGCACAUCGAGCCUAACAGCGGCGUUGAAGUAGAGGAGAACCAUGCAUGCUCAUCCACCUCGCUAGCACGCCCAACCUCGUUCGGGUCAGGAGUCUCGUCACGUCCAACGGCAAUCCAAGUACGAGCGCGCCUGUGUUCGGUCGGUUGAAGCACUACAAAUACAUCUCCAGGUGCCGAGACCGUGAUAUUGGCGCCAAGUAUUGCAUAACCAGAUAUCAGGUCGGAUUCGCUGAACCCUCGAAAGAGGCUGCUGGCCUCUGCUGGGUAUUCAACAGCAUUGAAACCGCGAGGUACCCUCGGCUGAAGGCCCGUCGCAUUUGGUAAAAGUCCUUGCUUGCAUAUGUCGCCAUCUGUUUGAUAGGUCUCUGGAACGACAACGGAUUUGCCGAUGAACCAUAGCGACGGGCGAUAGUCGUACAGUGUUGUUAUAUUGGGAAUGCCGAUGCUGACAGCUACUGGCGUGCUAAUAUUGGUGAUGGUGAUCUUCGUAUAGACUGGCAAAGAUGGACAGUCUUGGGUAGUCAUCAAGAUUCUUGCGAUACUGGUAUCUGGCCAUUCCCACGCAUUAGCAAUGGAUACAUGCGUGCCAUCGUCGAGGUGCGGCCGGUGGGCUUCCGUUCCAGAGAUCGAAAGCAGUAGCAGGAGUAAUGUGCCUAGCUGGGCGACAAGAUUGGACAUCAUGAUGGUUUAAGGUCGGGCAGCUAUGACCGAACAGCCCGGAUGCAGAUGAAAUGGGGCACACGGAAAGGAAAGCAAAUGAAGCUCUUUGAGAUUAGGCUGCCUCACAAAACCAACUUUUCGGAAGCAUCAGAGUGAGAUAGCUGAGCUUGUGAGGCUUUUUAUACUCGAGGAUCGAAAAACACGUCACACUUGCCUUCUAAAGCUCCUUUGUCAAGUGUCGUCUGCUCGGCUCAAAACGCAUUAGUCCAAUGGCUAAAGAAAAUGUCGC